GACCUGUGAGGCUGUGUCACAGCUGUGCUUGUGCGAGCUUGGGCAGAGCUCCAGGAGGGAGAUAAACCUCCUGUGUCACCUGACAUCCACGUUUUUUUCCCCUGAGGGGAUGCAUGGCACAGGUGGUGGUGAAGCCAUCCCCACUGUGGCAGAGCUGAGCACAGAAAUCCUGGUGUGAGGCACAGGAACCCGGCAUGACACAUGCCCUACCCCCUCCUAUGGCUCUCACUGCCUCCACAGGAAAAAUGCCCCCAAAUGCUGAAAGGAGCUGCAGGGUGAGCCUUUCCAAGGGCAACCACAUUAAUUUAUUAACCAGACACGUGCAAGGGUAUUUCCUGUUCUCACCAAGGGUGUCGUCUUGUUAUUCUUCCUGAGUUUCUUGACAGCAGAUGCUUCCUCCUGGCACAGCUUUGGAGCUAGCAGAUACUGCUCCAUUCUUUUAAGACUUAGCAAUGAAAGUUCCUGUAUCCCUUUGUCCGGCCCAGCAGCGUCCCCUCUUGCACUGUGCUCUGGUCCUGCUCAGGUCAGGGUUUGCUACGGGGCCUGGGGACAGCUGUGCACAGCCAUGGCACCCCUGGCAGAGCCUGCUGGGCAGCCCAGACACACCUCCAGAGGGAGGGACGCUAGAAAUUGAUCCUGGGGAAAUCCAAAUGUCUGGGAGUUGGGGUAGGAGCUGUUGAGCUUUCUCUUUCCCAGCUACCUGGUACAGAGCAGCCAGGCCCCCAGACUUCUAUGUCAGCUGCUUUCAAGGAGCCAGCUUCUCCCUGGCUCUAAGCUUUUUUCAGCUCCAUAUGCUCAGUUUUGGGAAGUGGGUAUUGACAGAGCUGUGGGCUGCACCUGCCCAGGUAUUCUCUAGGCCCACUUGUGGCACUGCCAUGGCUCUGGCAAGGCAUUUGCUUGUUCAGCAUCCUCCACUGUUGUAUCCCAACACACCUUUUGUGGAGUUUCUUUGUGUGCCAGCACUUCCUACUGCCCCACAGAAACUGUCUGCAGGAGACCAGUUUGCUUAACUGGCCUAGUCUCCAGCAGCAUUUUAUAUCCUUUUGCAGGCCAACCUACCCCUAAAUCACUCACAUCUUGGCUCGUCUGUCUCUGGAAUGCAUUCAUUAUGUGAGCACCCAGACAGUUCCUCCUGCAGUACCCUGUGUUUCUAUCUUGAGACACCACAUUGUCCAUGAGAGAUGCUGGGAAGGGAAGUGGGCAGCGGGGGCAGGACACACUCAAAGACACCCAGACUCUCUUGUUGCCGUCACACCCCCAGCUGUUGGGCCCUUACUUCCCACUUGCUCCUGCAGCCGAGUUUCUGGAUGAGAGAAGCAGGUCCUGUGGAAAGUCCAGAAAUUUUAGGAGACGCCUGGGUGACCGCAGAUAUGAGAGAGGUGAGGCUGCGGAGCAGGACAGGACGGUCGUGCUGUGGGGGCUGGAGGGCUGGAGGGCAGCCCGUGGGCCGUGCUGUGCCCGGCAGGAGACGCUGAGCCGGACGGAGCGGGAGGGCUCCCAGCGCGCUUUCCACGCGCUGCUCACCUGGCUGCUGGGCCGCGACUCUGCCGCCGUCCGAGACUUCUGGGCCGUCCUCUUCAAGGACUACAACCUGGAGCGGUACUCCCGGCUCCGGCCUCUCCGCGGCGCCUUCCCCAGAGAGGUGGAACUGGGGCGGCAGCGCCGUGGAAGGCGUCUCUCCCCGAGCCCCACAGCACCGGCCCCACACAGACCCCAAGGCAAGAGGAAAGCCCCUGAGGAGCGGGACAAGGCCCGGGCGGCACAGCCCGCUCCACGGCACAGCGCCAGUCCUGGGCCCCUGGUGAAGGCAAAGACUGUGAAGAAGCCGGAGGGCACAGACACCCCCCGCACCUCUCGUGCCAGCGCUCUCCAGGCAGUGGCCGCCUCGGUGCAGAGAGCGGUGGCUGUGGCAGGUGGUGAGGCGCCCGUCAGCCGUGGGGCUAUCGAGGGCAUUCUCAUUAAACACGUGCUGGACCCAAGCAGCUCCAAGACAGGCAGCAGAGCUGGUGACAAGCCAUAUACCCCAACUGCCUGCGAGGAGCCAGAGGCCAGGAGCAGAAGCCACAGCCUGAAGCCCCCUGCCCAGCCCAAGGCAUGCCAAAGUAACAGGGAACCCCAAUUGCACCCCCAGGGCCAGUUGCAAGCAGCCACUGUCUACAGCCAGGACCCUGUGCCCCAUCAGGAGAACGAGGAUGAAUGUGCAGCAUGCGGCGAUGGUGGUGAGCUCAUCUGCUGUGACGGCUGCCCCAGGGCCUUUCAUCUUGCCUGCCUGGUGCCCCCGCUGCCCCACGUCCCCAGCGGGACAUGGCGAUGUGGCUCCUGUGUGGAGAAUGUGACUGAACCAGGCCAGCUGCUGGAGGCAGACUUGCCUGUGGAGAGACCCCCCGAGAUCCUGGGGGAGGCGGCGCGGGACACCCAGCCGGGAGGAGCGGAGGGGAGCAUCUGCAGCCGCUGCUGCACCCGGAUCCCCACUCCCCACCACUGUCCUGCUCCCGGUGGGGACCCCAGGGGGCUACAGCUGUGCAUGUCCUGCACGGGCACCCUGGACACAGGCGGUCUGGGCAGCACUACAGCACAUGGAGACCAACUGCUUCCAGCAGCCAAGGCAGAGGAUGGAGCCCUUGGAAGUGACACUGUGCUGAGCCGGGAGGAGCUUGAUGUGCUGCUAGGUGAGAGCACGUGGGAUGGGAUCUUGCAGUGGGCGUUCCAGACCAUGGCAAGGCCGCUGGCAGAAACACAGGGGCUCGUCGCCUAGUGCACAGACAAGCAGCAGACUCCACAUGGCAAGCCAUGACAAAGCAGCCUCUGAGACACACGUAAAACACGACGAACACAGACCUAAUGACAGCACAAAGAAGUCAUAGAAUAAAAAAGAGACCAUUAACAGAAUGUACCAAAAUGUCACACACAGAGGAAAACAGAAGGGCAACUCCACUGACACUCAAUAGAGAAAAAGUGCAGUGAAAAUGUACAUAAAAAACAUGCCAGAGACAAUGCAA